CGUUAGCUUUGUUUUAUGUAUUCAGCAAAUUUUAAUCAGCCUCAUUUCUUUUUCUGCUUACAGCUUCACCUUGGGUUCUGUAUCUUAGCUGCAGUUGCUUCUCCUAUAGUUUUCAAAGGAAAAUCCCUGACAGGCAUUCUGUCAGCCAUAGAUGUGAUUGGUGACCAUACUUUGAUUGGGAUUUUCUACUUCGUUGGAUUUGGAUUGUUCUGUCUUGAAACAUUAAUCAGCGUCUGGGUUAUUCAGCAAGUAUAUAUGUACUUCCGUGGCGGGGGUAAGACUGCUGAGAUGAAGAGGGAAGCUGCACUAGGAGCAAUGGGGGCUGCUCUACGAUGAAGCGCCUUGUGAAGGCAGUAUGAAUGCCCUGGCUGUGUUUGGUUGUGUUGUAAAUUACUUGCAACAGAAAUUGCUGACAAAAAUAUUUCAACGAUAUUAUAUUAAUUUGCUUUUCUCUCUUGUUUAACAGCUACCUGUUACAUGUGGUCUGUUAAAUGUAUAUUAUAAGCAGAAAGUGUAGACAUUAAGUGGUUUGGUAAAAGCAUGCAACAUUUCAUUGAGUUAUA